UUGGGUGACAUAAAAGUAAAUUGUCUGCUGUACGCUGAUGAUGCAGUGCUUAUUGCACCAUCAGAGGCAGAACUGCAGGCAUUAGUCACGUGUAUGAAAGAGGAAUGUGAAAUUAAAGGUCUCCGUUUGAAUGCUAAUAAAACUAAGGUUCUGGUAUUUGAAAGGGACGAAGAGAGAACGAAGUGUGAAAUAUGGGUAAAUCAGGAAUGUCUAGAACAGGAUUUGCAAGCAUGCGUACGUCGCAUUGCCAAAUUUCUUGACAAAGAGAUAACUGAGGAACAGAUAGCAAAAUUAUGCGAGCACCUUAACAUUGAUAACUUCAAGAAAAACAAAUCCGUCAAUUACGAUAAUUUGAAAGAUGCUGGAUUUUUAAAUGAAAAGGAGAGUUUUAUUAGAAAAGAGGUGAUAACGCAUCAGGACGUCAUCGAAAGAUUGAAACAGAAGCAAGACGAUAAAGCCAAAAAAGAACAAGAAAAAGAAGAAAAACGAAAGCAACGAGAGCAAAAAAGAAAGUAUCAAACCUGCAGACAUUUUUAUUUCAAUACAGCAGUUUUUACUUUUUGUAAAAAAAACAGCAUUAAAGGUUUAGAGCUCCUGAUUACUAUUCUAUGGCGCACUUGCCCCAAAUUUGUUAUGGAAGCUGCAAUACGAAUAAUAAUAAUAAUGGCUACAACCAACAAGAGCUUUCCUUUCGAAAUUCGAGAUGUCGAACCUGAACAAGUUGAAAAAUUGAAAAAAUCUUUCCAAGUAACAAUGAAUCCAUGCACAUUGCGUUUUGGGCCCAAAGGUUACCUCUUCCCUAGAGAGUUUGAGCACUUUGGUAAAGAGAUAUACAACAUGGAAAUUAGACCGAGUGAUACCUUUGUUGUAACUUUUCCUAGAUCAGGUACAACAUGGACGCAAGAACUGGUUUGGCUUAUUUUAAACAACUUUGAUUAUGAAAAGGCAUCGGAAACCCCGCUCUCCGUUAGAUAUCCUUAUUUAGAGACUGAGAUGUUUUUUAAUCAUAAUCAAAUGUCAGCCAUGUUAAACGGUGAAAAUAUUAAAAAAACGAUGGAGAAAAACAUGCCACCAGUGCAAAAAAUUCUGAAUAUGGCUUCUCCGAGAUAUAUCAAAUCACAUCUGCCAUUAUCUCUUCUACCACCCAAGCUGUUGGACACUUGUAAGGUUUUUUACGUAGCUCGAGACCCCCGUGACGUAGUUGUGUCAUUUUAUCAUCAUAGCAAAUUUAUGAAUAUACUCCUAGACGGCGUGGACUUCAAGGCUUUUUGGGAACUCUUUAUCAAUGAUUUGCUUCCCUGGGCGCCCUUCUUUGAACACGUUAAAGAAGCGUGGCGAAUGAGGAACCAUUCUAACAUGCUCUUUUUGUUUUACGAAGACCUUUCUAAGGAUCUGCGAGCAUGCGUACGUCGCAUUGCCAAAUUUCUUGACGAAGAGAUAACUGAGGAACAGAUAGAAAAAUUAUGCGAGCACCUUAACAUUGAUAACUUCAAGAAAAACAAAUCCGUCAAUUUCGAUAAUUUGAACGAUUCUGGAUUAUUGAAUGAAAAGGAGAGUUUUAUUAGAAAAGGUAAAGUUGGCGGUUGGCGAGACUAUUUUGAUGAAGAGAUGACGGAACAGGCAGACCGGUGGAUAGAGGAGAACUUGCGUGAUACCGACUUGCGUUUUCCACAAUAA